UCCUCGCAACUGCUCAGACAUCACCUCGAAAAUCCUGUCAUCUCCCUCCAGGAGUUCCGUAGCAACACCGUGCUCACCUACGCUGAAAAGGGACCCAGAUUUUCCAUUGGGCGUCUUCGCCUACAGUCAAGUCAACGCGCUGCCCUCGUUCCAAUCCAGAUCCCAUCGGGUCUAUAAAUAAUCUUCAAAUCGAAGCAGCUCAACCUUCAUCCGGCCAGCAACCUAAGCUUGUACAUCUGAUUCUUGGAUCUCUUCUCUCAAGUGUUUUUCUUCAGGAAUGGCCCCUGACGCCAGCAGAGGCAGCAAGCCGAGUCUUCUGAGUACUUUGCCCAAUGAACUACCAGCAGAGUUUCUGAAGGAUAUCACAGAUGGGUUCUCUCUUGAGCGAAAACUCGGUCAAGGCGCAUUUGGAACCGUUUAUUUGGGAAUUCUGCAAGAUGGGCAACCGAUUGCUGUUAAGAAGCUUGCGGAUAAUUCACCGGUGGCGCCUGAGAAGCAGUUCCUGAAUGAAGUCAUCAAUCUUAUGGCCGUCCAGCAUGAGAAUAUAGUGAAAUUAUUCGGUUACUGCCAUGCUACUCUGAAGAAAGUGAUCGAGCACGGUGGGAGAUACAUUCUUGUAGACGUGGUUGAGCGCUUACUCUGCUACGAAUAUUGCCCAAAGGGAAACCUUGACAAGUGUAUUUUCGAUGCAUCUACUAGACCCGAUUGGAAGACAUGUUUCAAGAUAAUCAAGGGAAUCUGCCAGGGUUUACAUUUCCUACAUAAGGAAAUGGAUAGACCAAUUAUUCAUUUGGAUCUUCAGCCUGCCAACAUAUUGUUGGAUGAUAACAUGGUGCCAAAAAUCUCGGAUUUUGGCCUGUCGAGACUCUUUGGUGAAGAACAAACCCGAAUAAACACGAUAAAUGUUGUGGGAGCAAAAGGGUACAUGGCUCCAGAAUAUCUAUAUAGAGGUGAAAUUUCAACCCGGUCAGAUAUAUACAGCUUAGGUGUACUAAUCAUCGAGAUCACAACAGGCGAGAGGAAUUUUUCAAGCGAAAAAGACAUGUCUGCAAGGGACUUUAUAGAUAAGGUUCGUGCAAAGUGGACAGAUGAGCACAUUGCAUCCAAGUGUUCAUCAUUAGAUGCAGUUAGCCUCCAGGAAGUAAGAACAUGCAUUGAAAUUGGGCUAAAAUGUGUGGAUAUUGAUCAGAGGAAGAGACCUACUAUAGUUGAAAUUCUUGACAAGCUCAAUGGAAGGCAUGCUCCCUGAAUGGUGAAGUAGUGCAUACUAUUUAAGGGAAAAGUGUGUUGCAGAGUUGGUUCACCCAUAUGCAGUCAUGGACAUAAUAAUUGUAUCAGUUUCCAAUUUAUGUACUUUUGAACAAUGCGUUCCUCGGGUCAUGUCAUUUUUUCUGGGAGCUCCAUCUUGAUUUGGGUUACUGUAGUUUUUUUUUUGUCACGACAAUGUGUAAAAUUCAAAGUUUGUCAUAAAUAAUAUAUAGUCUUGUCUCCUUUCGUAGGUUU